AGUCCGUAUGUGGACGCGACUGUGAACAAACUAGAGCCCCAGCGGCAACACUGUAAGAAAUUAGACCGUUGGGUUAUUAUUGUUGGCAACGCUGUCAGAAGAGCGUUUAAACAGGUUUAAAAUCUAAACGUCGGUUGCGUUGAUUACCGCAAAAUCUCUUUCAGGAAAUUGUUUAUCGUAUAAGGUAGCAGCGUAUUAAUAUUUAAACGUUGAAUAAAUAGAGGGACUUUUCGAAAAUGCCUAGGACUAAGCAGAAAAGAUCAAAGAGAAGUAGUGCUGGUUAUGAACAAAUGCUUCGUGAUUUCAACCGGUUGAUGCAGCUGAGAAUUCACAAAGUGGAGCUCGAUUUCAAAGCGUUAGAACAAAAGUUCGAUGCCUCGAUUCAGCUUGCCCUCACUCGUUAUCCUCCAGAAAUUCAGAAUAUGACGCUGCGAGAACUGUUAACGGUUGAGGAAACUCCAAAGAAGGAAAAUUUACCUCCAAAGACGCCGAGGAUUGUGAAGGACAGUUCCAAAAAAAAUUCAAUGAAACUACAGAAGAGCAUAAAUCCCAAAAGAGUAACAGCAGCCUCAGAUGAUGGCUAUAUAAGUGAAUCAACAGCAAGUCAGGCAUCCAAAAUGACAUUAGGAAGUACUCAUCGCUCUAGGAGUGUCUCUCGAGACAGAGCCAAGCAGAAGUCGCAACUGUUGGCAACUGCACAGAAGACUACCAAGAAAGAUUUGUUAAAAACUCCAGACACUAAAACAAGUAAUUUAUUUGUAAUCACUCCAAAAGUUAAGAUGAAUUCUGCUGUCAAUGUUCUUAGAAAGCCAAAGGAUGGAGAAAUGGUAUUUAGUACAGAGGGUAGUCCAUUGUUAGUUUCUACCACAGUUAACGAUAAAACAGCAAAUAUCAAUGUUCCGUUGAGAAAUGGAACUAUAAUUUCUCUUUUACCAUUUAAUGAAACUUCAUUGACAGAAGAUAUACGUUUAGAUGAUGAAACCAAACAUCAACUCAGGAUUUUGCAGAGCCAUUUGAACAAAGUUUUGAAAUAAUUAAUUGUAGUGCAUCUCGGAUAAGUGAACUAAUUUUAUUCAGAUAUAUUGCGUAUGUAAUUUAAAAAUGUGAUUUAGUUGAAUCUAGAGACUGCAUCUAUGAUGAUAAUAUACAAUUUUUACAUCCUAUUUAUAGUUAGUGAUAAAAUUUCAUACUUAUUUAAUUAUAAAACUUUACUAGGUAAUAAAUGCAUAUGUUUUACAAUA